AUGAGUGUCUACAAGCAAACAUACGAACAUCGCGCCUCGAAGUUCACCAAUCCAGCGGCAAAGCAGCUCCUCGAGACCAUCGUCCGAAAACAAUCGAACCUCUGCGUCAGUGUCGAUGUCUCCAAGUCCUCUGACUUUCUUGCCGUGAUCGAUGUCUGUGGACCCUAUGUUUGUCUCGUCAAGGCACACAUCAUCGAGGAUUUCGAUACCUCGCUCAUUGACCGGUUGGUCGAACUCAGUCGCAAGCAUGACUUCCUUAUUUUUGAGGAUCGCAAAUUUGCCGACAUAGGUACGACCAGCCCCUUGCUCUCUCUAAAUCAACUUUCCAUAACUGACUUCUUUUCACUCUCCACCCCUCCACCUCGAAUCUCAGGCAACACCGUAGCCCUUCAAUACUCUUCGGGUGUACACAAAAUCGCCUCCUGGUCUCAGAUCACCAAUGCUCAUCCCGUCCCCGGCCCUUCCACCAUCUCCGGCCUCUCCUCCGUCGGCCUACCCCUCGGCCGUGGUCUUCUUCUCCUCGCCGAAAUGUCCACCUCCGGAAGUCUCGCACGCGAUUUCUACACCGACGAAGCGGUCCGUAUGGCCCGUGCCCACCGCGACUUCGUCAUUGGAUUCAUCGCUCAGAGGCGUAUGAACGGCGUUGGCCUCAAGGAGGGUGAACUUUCUUCGGAUGAAGUGAAAGAGGAGGAUUUCUUGGUUCUGACGCCCGGUGUGGGGUUGGAUGUGAAGGGUGAUGCGAUGGGACAGCAGUAUAGGACUCCGAGGCAGGUUGUCGUUGAGUCCGGAUGUGACGUGAUUAUCGUGGGUAGGGGCAUAUAUGGGAAGGCGGACAAUCUGGAUGUGGUGAAGGUGCAGGAACAGGCGGAGAGGUAUAGGAAGGCUGGGUGGGACGCAUAUCUGGAGAGGGUCAAGCAGGCCUGA